UACUUUUCUUAGAAUUUAAAGUAAUUCAUUUACAAAUUUGCCCUUUCCUUAAAUAGAGUUGAAAGAAAAAAACAGAGAAAAAGUUUCUAAAAAUGGAAGGUUGCCAGAGGUCAAGUUCAGCUCCGGCAGGGGUAAAAUUGGAAAGAAAAGAUGUGGAGAAAAAUAGAAGGAAUUAUAUGAAGAAUCUAUGCAAUCAACUUUAUUCAUUGAUCCCUUCUACUCAUCACUCUCGGGAAACAAUGGGAUUGCAAGAUAAAAUAGAUGCAGCAAUAAAGUAUAUAAAAAGUUCAGAAAUGAAAUUGGAAAAAAAAAAGAUACACUUGGAAAAAUUAAGUAGGCUGAGUGGUAGAAAGAGGCCCAAAUCAUCCAAUUCAACUAAUGGGCCUAGCCCAAGUACAGGGUUAUCAUCAUCACCUCAGAUCCAAUUCCAUGAAAUGGGCCCAAAUAUGGUUGUUGUUUUAAUAAGUGGCCUUGAUAAUAUAGCCACUUUUAAUAACAUCAUUCGAUUGUGCCAUGAUGAAGGUGUUGAAGUUGUGUAUGCAAACUUUACACUCAAUGGAAACUCUAUGCUGCAAAUUUCUCAUGAAACUAAGAUCAACAUGAGUUCAACAAUGGAAUGUAGAGCUGCAAAUUUAUGUGAUAAGCUGAAGGAAUUACUUCAUGGAAAAUCAUAUGACAAUGAAUUGGAAUCCCAAUUAUAUUUAUGGGAUUAUAUAGUCGAAUCUGAAUUAUUAAAAUUUUAUGACGUGGAAUUUCUACCAUCAACAAGUCAAAAUUCAAAUAUGUACAAUUAAUUUAUCUUAUUAUUUCACUGUAACAAUUAAAAUUCAUUCAUAUUAUGUUAACAUCUUUAUUUUAAAUUAAA